GUCAAAUAAAAUAAUCCCCCUCUUCAAGUUCACGCAUUUCGAAUCCCUUACUCGAAGUCACUCCAACCAAAUCACUUUGCGCUUGUUCAAAACUUCGGCCACUGAUAUUUACCUACUUACAUUUUAUGACGUAGGUAGUUAUAUCAGAUACCUAUAGUUAAAAUGAAAAUCUUCUGAUUUUAUGAAAGCUUUAAUAUAAUACCGAAAUAGGUAGGUAUUGAUUCACAAAACAAUUUCCAAGUCAACUUUGCAAAAAAAUCGGUUUACCGCUUUAUCUGCGGGAAAUCUAAAAUCACAUUUCCGUUUUCCGACUUUCCGAGACAGAUCCACCGACUGAAAGCGACAACCGUCCGCGGCUCGCGUAAAUAAAUCUGAGGAAAUUGCUUCAGACUACAUCCGGUGUCGUUAAGAUUCGCUCAGUUUCGCGGCAAUUUUGUGCGCAGCCAAUGGGAAGAGCGCAUUUUAAUGCUGACCAAUCAAGGGCUCGCAUUGCGGAUAGCGAUCCUAAUUGAGCCAAUGCUAUUACCAUCCUGCAACGCGACGAUAUCCUGCGUGGAAAAGCCCGGGAACGCGCUCUGGAGAAAUCACCUGCGCAGCAUCGCUCCAAACGCCGCUGCGAGAUCACAUCUCGCGAAAAGUAAUGAUUAUUUUGGUCCACAGACGUUUAGUUCUGCGUACUCCCGUCUGGACGAUGCGCGGCGCACGGGAAUCCGUAUUUUCCUACAAACAGUUAAAAUGUAAUAAUUCGUGGUGAAAAGUGUGGAAAAUCGUCGCGUAGUUUUCCAUACGAUUGUUUUAAGUGGACGUUUCAGUUUUGUACGGAUGUUGAGUGGGUUCGCGGGUGUUGUGUCUUGACAGCGGGAGAUUGGCAUUCAAACAAUUUCGUGACCCUCCAUCGCCCAUUAGCUGUUUGUGCGCGUAUUGUAUUGCGAGGUGUGGGCUGUCGCUCCUGCCUAGUACUUCAUGUAGUGCGUAGAAUGUGUUAAGUGUACCGCAGAGACUCCGUGUGUGGACAGUGCUAACAUGCCCCCCAUCCGAGGUUUAUCGACCGACUUUGGAGGCGUGUCUUGGAGACCGGCCAUAUUCUAUCUUCGCACUUCGCCACAUUGCGUGAGGUCGCGAUCCUGAACAAUAAACAGGGACAAUUCUAGCGUGCGUGUGCCGUGUGGGACUCUGUUAUGUGGGCGAGCGUGCCGCCAGCCGUGCAAUAUGCGUUGUCCGAGAAGUGCGACCGAGGCGAGUGGCCAGAGACCAGCCUAAACACCACCCAGCUGUAAUGGCGCUGGCUAAAGCGGUACUCAUCCUGGUCUUGAUCGCGGCAACCGUCGCCGAUUACGACAAUGAAGUCGAAAGCGAGGCUAAAAAAGCCGUGGCGGCGGAAAACGCGCAAACCCGAUCAGCGAAUCCGGGGAAGGAGAAAGGCGCGUUCCAGAAGCUCAGUCUCAUGCUGAACAGAACUGAAGACGGGAAGAGACGGCGCGGCAAAGAGAACCUGUCGAAAAUCUUCGAGAUGAACCGCAAACACAAGUCUCAGAGCGAACGCCAUGACCACAACGACAUGUUGAACGACAAUGAAGGCGCCAUCAUCAGCGAAGCUGAAAACGAUACUAAUUCGUUAACAAUAAAGAUGAAAGAGCUUCGGAAAGACCUUCCACCAGCUUACGAGGCGGUCAACAAAUACACAGUCAUGCCAAAGAUCACUGGUGUCUUCUGCAACUUUGAGAACAGUUCCCAAGUAGACAUGUGUCUCUGGGAAUGGAACACCACUGUGUCUAACUACGGAUUGGGGUUCAAAGUGGCGACGGCGGCUGAUGUGGAAAGGAUGAAUGACUCCACUUCAGGGUUGCGGUUUUCAGGGCCAAGCACCGAUGCGGAUGGCAAUGUCGAUGGUCACUUCUUGUACCUCCCCGUGGACCCCACUACCGACAACAUGGUGAUCAAGUCACCACCCUUCAGGGGACUUUGGGAGUUUUGUAAGUUCGAGGCCCACAUCCACCAGUCCAAGAUGGCCAACGCGAGCAUCCGCCUGGUCUCAGAGUCCACCAGCAGCGAGGUGCAGUGGAUUCUACUGGAGCUCACCGGGAACAACUUGCAAGUCUGGCACCCAAUACGCUUCACCAUCGGCAAAGUCCUCCAAGAAGUCCGAGUCAUGCUGGAGAUCACUCGCCCGGCGCAGAUCUCGCUCAACCAGCCGUUGCCCCACAUCGCUGUGGACAAUAUCAGGAUGCUGGAGUGUUUGCCGGAACCCCCGGUGUUUAAUGGGGAGUGCCAGGCUGGGCAGCUGAAGUGUAAUAUUAUUAAUCAAGAAUCCUGCAUCAAGCUGCAACAGGUGUGCGAUCUAGUCAGGGAUUGUGAUGAUGGCAGCGAUGAACAUCGGAAUUGUGAUAAAAUGCCGUAUGGAGCAUAUUGUAACUUCGAACAAGACAAUUGCGGCUUCGAGAAUGUACCACAACCGAUCUUAAAAUGGUCCAGACACAGUGGCCCAACUCCGACAGACAAGACUGGACCAAACUACGACCACACGUGUGGACCACCAGAGCUUUAUCCAACCUCAGUCGUUGUCCCACCCCUUUACCCUGCACAUUUGAACUACACUCUGUCCUGUCUUGGAUACUAUUUCUUUGUGAACAUGAACGUGACGGGUCCAAAUAAGGAGAAGGCGGAUUUUGCAUCGGCUGCCAUUAUGCAGUCGGUGCUGUUCAACCCACCUCCCUCGGUCCAUGGGAAUAUUAGCUCGCCGUAUUAUAAUUGCUGUAUGAUCCGCUUCUACUACCAGCAAAACGGCCGCAACUACGGCUCGCUCAGCCUCGACGUGGUAGAGUUGACCGCCCGGGGCAACAUCACCACCCCGCUCUGGUUCUCUACGAAGGACAAGGGAGAGAACUGGUAUAGGGCGGCCAUCUUCCUUCCUAAUGUUACUAGGAGGUACUUCUUUCAAUUCAGAACACGCAUGGGCAUGCGAAUAUACUCUGACUCGGCUAUAGACGACUUCUCUAUGGCACCAGAGUGUUUCGGACUGAAUAUACCGAAGGAAGACUUGAAAGGGUACAACUAUUAUGAGCCACUGCUGCAUGAGAAUACUACGCCGCAUCCAGACUUCCAAGAUCGGCCAUACUACCGUUUCUCCACUUGCGGUGCGACCGGCAGAUUCGGCCCCAACCAGACGAUGUGUGACACGGCCUACCACAACACUGACGUGUCAGUCACUGUGGUGUCAGCACCCCCUUUCCAGGGCAUACAGGUGUGGGAGGUGCCGGAGGAAGGGUAUUAUACUAUAAUAGCGCACGGCGCGGCCGGCGGCCUGGGGUCGGCGUGGACCGGAGUCUCCCACGGCGCCACGGCCCGGGCCAUGUUCCACCUGCACAAAGGAGAACUCAUCUACAUGCUGCCUGGCCAACAGGGGCUGAACGCUUGUAAGAAGACCCUCUCAGCGCAAGACAGCCAGGAGUGCGCGCGGCGGCCGCAGAACAGCUCACAGCUGUACACCAGCAAGACGCAUGAAGUGAGGAACACUCACGUUCAGGACGGUGGCGGGGGCGGCGGCGGGGGGACCUACGUGUUUGUGCGCGGCAAAGACGGUGACAUCCAACCGCUCCUAGUGGCGGGGGGCGGCGGCGGGGUCUCCGUCGGGGUGUUCAGAGACGACGGCUCGCAGCACGGGAAGACCUUCACUAACGCCACGCCCGAGUCGGGGUACAUGUAUGGGCAGCCGGGGAAGACUUCUGGAGCGGGCGGCGGCUGGCUAGCGCGCUCGGGCCCCUCAACCCCUGGCUUCGAGCUGGUCCGAGGGUCCGCUCUCAGGGCGGGCGGGGCGGGCGGCGCGGCGUGCACCGGGGGCGCUGACGGCGGCUUCGGGGGCGGCGGCGGCGGCUGCGUUAGAGGGGGCGGCGGGGGUGGGUGGCUCGGUGGCAACACAAACCAAGGCCUGCACGGCGGUGGAGGCUACUCCUACAUCGAUACGACUCGCUCUGUCCGUGAGCUGAGCUCAGUGAACAUUGCCAAUCACAUGAGUUCGGGGGAAGUUAUCAUCAUACCCGCUAUACAUGCCUGCGACUGCGACUAUCGCUGCGUGGCCCUCAAUGAGUUCCGGAGCGAAGUGCGCUGCUACUGCCCCACCGAGAGCUGGUCCCUCGACGCGCCAGAUGGCACCAAGUGUGUCUUCGAGGACGACUGGCUGCGCAUCCCGUGGUACCUGACGAUGGUGAUGUCGGGCGGAUUCAUCGUCGCCCUCGCCAUUGUGUUGUGCGGCUGUCUGUACCUGUACAACUCCUACCAACGCAAAAAAGAGGCCGCAAUCCGUCGGAAACACCUUCUAGAGCAAGAAGUCCAGUUGCACCGCCUCCGCAACCCGCCAGGGGGCGGGGAGGGGGCCCUGUCAGCCUUCAACCCCCACUACGGGAGUGAGAGCAUCCUACCCCAGGGGAUAGAUGUGAGGGGGUUGCCGCAAGUCGCUAGGGAGAGCCUUAAGUUGGUCAAGGCCCUCGGACAAGGCGCGUUUGGUGAGGUCUACCAGGGUCUUUACAAGCAUCGGCUUCAGGAUACGGUGGAAAUGCCGGUCGCAGUCAAAACACUACCGGAGUUGUCUUCGAGCCAGGCUGAGUCCGACUUCCUUAUGGAGGCAGCCAUCAUGGCAAAAUUCAACCAUCCAAACAUCGUCCAUCUGAUUGGAGUAUGCUUCGAUCGGCAUCCAAGAUUCAUAGUGCUAGAGUUGUUAGCUGGUGGAGAUCUGAAGAACUUCCUUAGAGAGAGUCGUCCGAGAAUCGAAAGGGCCACGGCUCUCACUAUGAAGGACUUGCUUCUCUGUGCGUUGGACAUCUGCAAGGGUUGCCGAUACUUGGAAGCUAAGCGGUUUAUACAUAGAGACAUCGCUGCCCGCAACUGCCUGCUAACCUCGCGUGGACCGGGCCGAGUGGUGAAGAUAGCAGACUUCGGCAUGGCCCGAGACAUCUACCGCUCAGACUACUACAAGAAAGGUGGCAAAGCCAUGUUGCCCAUCAAGUGGAUGCCUCCAGAGGCUUACAUCGAUGGAGUGUUUACUAUUAAGACUGAUGUUUGGUCGUUUGGUGUCCUGCUAUGGGAAGUGUUCUCUCUUGGAGUCAUGCCGUAUACAGGGUGCUCCAAUAGAGAGGUCAUGGAAAUGGUCUCAGGGGGUGGAAGACUUGAAAAACCUUAUGGUUGUCCUGACGAAAUCUAUCAGCUUAUGUGUGAAUGCUGGAACCCCAUUCCUGAAGAGCGACCGACAUUUGCCUCAAUGUUCGACAGACUUAAUACUUUCCUUCAGGUGGAUCCAGAAAUCCUUAGCAAUCCAUUGCCAGUACUUCGUACUGCUCUUCCACCGUCUGAAGAAUUUAACACAAGACCUAAUGGAAUACAGCGAGCCCCCCCUCUGGACUACCUGGUGCCGCUGGGACCGAACUCCGAGCCGCAGCCCGAUAGGCUAACGGACCCAUUGCUGGAUGCUCAUAGCAGCUCCCCAACGGUGACACCAGAACAGCAGAAGGAUUUUCAAUAUCCACCUCUGCUGAAAGCAUCACAAGACUAUGGCAGAAUUCCAACGGGCGGGUGGAGAGACGCAAGAAGCGACGCUGGCGCUGGCUCCUCUCACGAGAAGAUCACAAAGUUUCUGCCGUCUAACUCCACUGACAGACUAAUAAGCUCAGCUGAAGAUCAAUCGAUAGACGACGACGAUGACGAUGAUGACCUGGACGAAGAUGAUAUGGUUAAACCAUACAAACAGAAACCAACAUGGAAAGAGACUUCUUUCAGUCAAGUGGCCGUCACUGUAGAGCCGAAACCCAAAGAGGCUGCACUAGCCGUCGACAAGCUAAUAAGCAUAACACCGACGUCACCGAAACCACCAGAAAAUGCAUUAUCUAAAGCCAUAGACGCAGAUAAGCCUAAAGACAAAAAUUUGGCAGUUGAAACAAAAACGGCACCAAUUGCUUCCCCUGACCCGACAAGAAUCAAUGCAUGGGCUAACAACCCGCCACCUCUUACGGCUAAGCCUAAGCCUUUAUGUCUAGACGCUGCACAGCUGGAACAAAAUCUGAACGCAUUAAAAAAGAACUCGGGCUCAGUUAAUCUGAACACUAUGAAUAUAUUACCGCCAUACAUUAAUGUGGUCACACCUAACAAGCUCUCCGAAUCAAAGACUAUAAAAAUUGAUCCCAAAAAGGCGGUAAUACACGAUUUGCAAUCGCCCAAAGAGGAAGAAGUGGUUAAAGAGGAAAGCAAACUGAAAACCUCUAGUUCGGCUGCUAGCCUUUUGAAUGGACCGAUGACUGAUGUCCCGUACGCCGACAGUGAUAAUGCCUCAUCGGGCUCCAGUAAUGCGCCUAACCACAUCACAAACAUACAGAAGAGCGUUCAAAAUAACUAUCAAGAAGUCAAUGUAGGCAAGAAGAAAGUGACAAAACAGGGUAGCAAUGGCGGCACUGAAAUAGCAAACGAAUCGGAAAUCAGCUGCUAAACGCCGUUUAGUUUAAAAAUGGAACGGUUCGUUUGGAAAACAAAGAGUUGUAUUCUUGAAAAGAAGGCCGUCUAUCGAAGUUCUAAAACUGAGCUGUUAUUGGUUGUGGUGCGAAAUUAAUCAUGUUUUAUACGAAUAUAAGUGAAGUGUCACCGUUGGUAAACGCGGUUAAAACGAUUUUAAACGUUAGUGAAAUAUUAUUACCUGUAAAUAUAUAAGGAUUUUUUAAAUACACUGAUAUAUUUAGUGACUGUUAUUGAUGUAGGUAAACUACGAACGGAAGAUAAUCAAUUGGUAUGUAAGGCCGUAACUUAGGAAAAUUGUAACCAAAGCAUAGCUUUAAGAUAAUAUUUUUUGUCUUGUACAAAUUGAUGUGUUGAUUUUUUAAAUAUUUAAUAAAAUAUAUUAUAAGUAAGUGACAUAGACAUUGUUGUUUUACAAGUAUGUAUAAUGUCUUCCCGAAGACCAGCUGGCUUGUAGUUGAUUAAAGUAUAAAUAUGUUGUUUAUUACAUUUGCUCAAUGUGCUCAAAUAGUUCGCCAUGUCCAGUGUUCCAUUAGCAAUAUUACAUUUGGCAGAAUCUAUAAGAAAACCAUGCCAUGCAUCUUGUAUAUUAAACCCUAGCCCAUAACCUUAAAUGUAAAUGGCUAAGAGAACACAGCUUUUUUAUAAAAAAUAAAGUUUUUUACUCUAAUAUUUAAAGUCCUCCCUAAUUUUCCCGUUUUAUACUUUAUUUCACUAGCUACAUAGAUUUUUAUAAGAAGGUUUUUUUUAAGUUUUUUUGUUUUCAACAUUUUGGGUUAAGACUACCAUAAAAAUCACGCAAAUUAAGUAUAACUAUACCUACUUAGAUAUAAAUAGGUGUGAUUAUAAACUUUACCUAUAGAUAUGAAAACAAAAACAAUGAAACAUUCUCUCUUUCAUACUUCAUACCCAAUCAGAUACCUACUUUGGAGAAACAGAAAGAGCAAAAAAAUAUAUAGGUAGGUACACAGUCCGUGUUUCAAAAAAAUGUAAUAAAUAAAUUAGGUUGUUAUGUUAUUUUUCAUUUUAUGUGAUGAAAAUUGCGUGUCAUUUUCACUAUGUGAAGGGAACUUUUUAACAAGAAUCAGUUCUUUUACUUAUAAAGUUGUUUCAAAACGCCGUUAUUAUGCAAAAAGAACUACAGUUUCGACUACACUUUCAUCGUCUUUUCUAAAUAAAAUCAACGCUGUAAAAAUCUAACUUUCAUAAAGAUUUUGCUCGAAGAGGAUCUCUGAAUAGCUCUGUAUAAUUUUCUAAAGAAGUUGGAUAUUUAAUUUUUUCCCACAACCCUAUUAUUAAAGAUUAAUUUAUUUUAAUAAUAUACCUAGUAUUUUUUAUUUUUUUUUGGAUUUGCAAAAUAUAUUUUAAAAAAAUACAAUGGAACUUUGUAAUUAGAUUUUAAGUAAGAUCCGCCCCAGUAAAUUGAUGAAAAUAUGAAUUAUUUAUAAAUCAUACAUACUUAAGUAUGAAGUGUUGGAAGUACUAAGUGCUAAAGAACUUUCAUACCAACCGUAGUUUAAAUUCAUUUAUGUUAUUGAAGCUAUAUUGAAAUACAGUAUAACAAUUAACUAUUUAAGGUUUUAUAAAACUUUAAUAAGGCACAUGAAAUUAAAUACGUAACAAAAGUCAGACUCUCCUCAUACAUGUAUACCUACUUGUUAGUGCAUAUAAUUAUAUUAGAUCCAUAAGUACUUACUGAUUUGUUAUCAUAAAACCAAAGCCUGAUAGCGUAGGUACGUACCUAUACAUUUUUGUCAAUUUCGCACCUUAUUUCACAGCGUCACAAAACACAGAAUGACAAAACAGAAAGAGAUUUGACUCAGAAGUUAUGAUGCUAAAAAGUAUGAAAUUUUAUGUCUACAGUUUUUUUUGUAUAUUGUUGAGUAUUCUGGGCAAAAUAGAACAUGAAAUGGUAUCCGCACUGUAACUAUUUAAAUGGUUGAAAAUUGUAUUUUCGUGUUUUAUUCAAACCAUACUUUUUUUGUAAAAAUCCGUCUGCUGAUGUUAAAAUAUGAUGAGUUCUAACAAAACGGAUUUAAAAUGUCGUAUGUGUUUAUCACAUAAGUGGAGAGGCUUUAAUUACAAGUAAGAUAUACUUAGUAAAUUAAGAAUAUUUAUAACAAGAAUAUAAAUUAUUUCGCUUUUUUGAAUAGUGCCAGCAGUAUUUCUUGUAAUGCCAACUUUUCAUGCAUUUAUAUUUAUUUCACAAUUAGGCAUGAAAUGACAGGGUAUGGGGUUUUUAUUGCUUUUAUAAAUACUUACCUAAAGAAAAAUCUCCUAAAUGUAUAGUCUCCUAAAUAUGUAGCACCAUAAAGCAUAUUAAAUGGUUUUUCCAUUUUCUUUUUUGCUCGGUGAAUAACGUUUUACUGUCACUAGAGAACGACGUUGCUCAAUUUUAGAAUAUUUCUUUUAUUAUGAUUCCUUCUUGCUUUUUAAAUAAUAAUUCGGAAAAAGGAAAAUGUGGUUGUGACAUAAUGUAUAAAGAAAGAAAGCUAAAAGACAUGGCAAAGUUCCUUUUUAUAUUUCUACAGUGACUUUGAAAUGUUAUUCCCCUUUUUAGUUUUAAGAGACCAAUUCUAUCAUCUGGAAUUUUUUUUAUUUGGAAAAAAAACAACGAAUAUUUAUCAAUUCUCUUGAUCUAAAACUGAAAAUAUUAUGCUUAUGUUAUUUAGUUUGUGUUCUUCAGACACACAAGCACAAACUAACAUACUUAGCCUUUAUUAAAUACAAAAAAAAAUAUUUUAAUGCACUUUGUUUUAAUCGAUUUUUUUUUUGUAAAAAGUUUAAAAUGUUUUAAUUAAAUAUACCUGCCUACCUUAAAUAAAAAAAUCACAUGAUAAGCUUUUCAAUCAACGCGAUGUGUGUAAUCAAAAUCAUAUACUUACAAAAUAUGUGUAGUUAAAUUGUGCUAAACACAAUACAUCUCUACAUUACUAGUAUGAACAAUGAAACAUUAAGUAUAUCUAUCGUGCAGUGAAAUUCAAUAGACAAAACUUGACGUUGAUCUGUGUACAGAUGUGUAUAAUAUACCGAAUAACCAUUUUUAUAUAACAGUAGGUAUGAAAAUGUGCUUUGAAUUUACUGAAUGUGCACAUUAAUUUAUAUAAUACCUAUUGCAUGUAUGUAUGUGAGAAUGAAAUGUAAUAUUUAUAAUAUAAAAGAAACGAACAGUGUUGAAAUAAAAUAAUAAAUGUAAAUA